UGAUCCCUUAUGCUGCUGCCUUCUUAUCCAAUUCGUUGAUUGGUUGCUGUAAAGUGCAAUGGAUGUUCAGCCAGUGCUUAAGGUGAUGUUGGUUCAAACCCCUUAUAUCUGUGUGUGUGUGUGUGUGUGUGUGUUUUAUUUCUUGAGAAACUUGUGAUGAAUGCACAGCAAAUAUUGAGGCUGUAAUCUAUAGCCAUCUUCUGAUAGAGAACCCUAGUUAAAAUGGUGAUAGUAAUUAUUGGAAGGGAAGAAUUUUGUGGACGAAAGGUGAAGACAAAUUUACUGAAGUUGGAGAGGUUAGCUUUAGCGCGAGAUCUCUAGACACGUGGAAUAUAGUAGAUUCAAUAGGUACAGUGUGAUUCAGAGCCUGAAAUGUUGAGUGAUGGAUUAUAUGAGCAUGUGUCAUAAAAGUUAAGGUGCAUAUAAACCGGGACCCAUGUCAUGUUUGUAGAUACCCAAUGAGAAAAUAUUAAAUAAGAUGUGGUGGGACUCACCACCAUAUUCAUAAUUAUUUCAUUGUCUCUGGGUAUCAUAUUUCUAGGUAUUUAAUAUGUUCUCAUCUAUUCCUUAUGUGGGGCCAUAUGGGGAACAAAAUCAAAUCCAGUCCAUCAAGUUAUUGAUGCAAGAUAAAAAAAAGUUGUGAAAUAAGUUAAAAAUCACAAGAUUUUUGUAAGGUGUUUUCGAUGGAACCGGACAACUGCCUUAUUGUAGAGAAGAAAAUUCUCAUGAGAACAGUACAUUAUGUUUCAUCCAGGCAUGUGCUAUAUAAAAUAUCCCAAUAUUUCAUCCGAUUCAAUUUGAAUUCUACAAAAAAUAUUAACUCUUUUUUUGUAAGAUAAAUUGGACGGAACAAAUCCUGUCGGCCAUUGUAGUGGAAUGAUUCUCACCGUUCCUCUUUUGGGAUUCAUAAUGGAAGGGCCACCUCAAUUAAUAGGUAUGGUUGUGAUAAACUUAUUCUGACAGUUGUGACACCCCCCUCUCUACUUGGGAGUUGGAAUAUGACGUGUGACCACAAAGAAUUGCCCUCUGCUUUUCUAUUUAUUUAUUUAUUAUUAUUAUUAUUUAUUUAUUUAUUUAUUUGAGUAAAUCAUGGUUUGAAAACAAGAUAGGUAUGUAUUACUGUUGGAUUUGUCAUCUUGAAAGCGACGAGAAAAUCAGUUUGUAUAGAGAAAAAGAGAGAUUGUAAAGCAAUUGAGUGAAAGCAAGCAGUAGUGAAGAUGGGAAGAGGUGUGAUUGUAGACGAGAGAUUUUGGUUCCAGGAAGAGACUCGCCUCACAGUCCACAAGACCUCCCUCUUCUUUCCCGGCGACGGCUUUACUGUUUACGAUUCCCAAGGGGAGCUCAUCUUGCGAGUCGACUCGUAUGGUCCCGAUUCCAAUUCCCGAGAUGAGCUGUUUCUCAUGGACUCAUCUGGCAAGUGCCUCCUCACCCUUUGCCGUAAGAAGGCGAGUCUCCAUCAACGGUGGGAAGGAUUCCUGGGAGAGAGAAUGGACGGACAAGAGCCCAGGUUUAGUGUGUACAGAUCAUCCAUAAUCAGAGGGUCAGGCGUGGUGGUACAGGUUUAUGAUGAUGCAGGUGAAGAGUACCAGAUCGAUGGCUCCUUUGGGCAGCGAUCGUGUACAGUCUACAGCACUUGUUCGGAUAGCUCCAACUCGUCCAAGGAAGUUGUGGCUGAAAUCAAACGAAAAGUGGACCCCACUACGAAUGUGCUGCUUGGGAAGGAUGUUUUCCUGCUGUGUCUAAUGCCCAUGAUCGAUAGUGCUUUUGUGAUGGGACUGGUGCUUGUUCUUGAUCGGAUGGUUGGUGAUGAUGCUGAUGAGAUGGACUCCUCUUCACUCUAAAUUUGUUUUUCAUUUUUCAUGAUAAAUGAAUGGAGGAACUCGAACAAGAGAAUACCCGCUUAGAAAGCUAGAUUUUUUAGGCUAACGUAAAUUUUGUUUCUGGAUGCCUAAGGCUAAUGUAUAUUUUGUUGUAUUAUUAUUGUACGUGGUAAAAAUUUGAAUGGAUGGAUGUUGAAUUUCCCCAAAUCAUAUAUUCAUAAUUGAG